AUGGGAAGGCAAGGUGUAAUACAGGUUAUCAAGCAAGAAAUUAUGGAAGAAAUUAAUGAUUCUCGUUGCUUGCAAAGAAAUACCAAUAAAACAUUUCCCAAAAAAGAAGAAAUGGAUGCUGUUUCAUCAACUGUCGUUAAUACAACUGCAAUCAAUCCUAUCUCAUCAGCAUCAUCAACAACUCAAUUAUUACCAUUUAAAGGACAAUCAGAAGAAGGUAUAUUACGUCGUAUGGAUCCUGCUGAUGAUUUGCAAUUGAUGUGUACCAAAAAAUGUAUACCAUGCCAUCGUUGCGGUUCAUCGAUGAAAUUUUUCAUGCGUCGCGUAAAAUACUUAAAUACUGUAAAGGAGUAUCCAGCAUAUCGUUGUAUGAAAAAGAAAUGUCAAACAUUCCGAUCACCUCGUACGUUAGCACGUGAGUGCAAUAUGUUAUUACGUCAAGGUUUUGGCGACGGAAGAUUUAUGAGUGUUGCACCAACAACCAAUGCUACCAGACAACUCAAGGAAGCAUUUCCUGAUCAUUUUAAUAAACAAGAAAUGGAUGCAUUACAAGGAUUUCCUACCACUUUUAGGGAUGAUUUUGACGGUUUUUCAAAUAAUUCGACAUUGUUAACCAAUUCUGCUGCGGGUAGUAUUAUUCGCGAGAAAGAAGCGUGGUGUGCUCUGAGAAAUGCUAAACAAUCAUUGGAUAUUUUAGCACAUACUGACGGAGGGCUUUCAUUACGCUUACAUCGUAUUAUUAAUGAAAUUCAUUCAUUAGCUUCACAGUUCAAAGAAAUUCCGAAAAAGGAAGCAUUGGAAUGCAGUAGCGGACCAAUGGAAACAGAUGGAAUGCAUGAAAUGGAUGAUGAAGGUUAUGAUUCAAUGAGACGAUCAACAGCUACCGAUUUGAUGUCAUUAACACUUGGUGGUGAUUCACGAUCAUCACUUGACACCGAAUUAAAAUCCGAAACAAGCAGCAUUGAUUCAUGCAUUCUAAUGAAAAUACCUUCAUCAACAUCUGCAUUGUCACCCAACGUUACACCCGCACAACCUUUUCGUUGGAUUAACAUUUCACGCCAUUCACCGUCAUUUAGCGUGAAAAUGGUAGACGGUAACGCAGCACGACAAACAAUUGAUCAGAGAAAGCAUACGGUAACUGAGCAACAAAACACCACUGUUUAUGAAUCGUUUUCGAAUUGUCCCAAUGGUAAUAUUAGCAAUUCACAUGAAUCCACCAUAAUUCCAAGGGCCAAUAUAGCAGCAGUAGCACCACCAUCAUCCUCACUACCAAAUAUAUUAUACGAUCAACCAUCGACAAGUUACAUUUAUGGUACACCAACGGAUAUUACUGUGAAUACGGUUGCGGAAUUAAAUCCACAAUUAGGUACCAAUGAUAAUAGUGAAGGAAUUUCAAAAAAGGAACCGAUACCAAUUUAUGUAAGACCAAGUGAGCUGUGUUUCGAUGAUGUAGCCGAUGGUAAUGAAAUAUUGAGUGAAUUCUUCAUGCCAUCAUCAAUAUCCAAUUUUCAACCAACAAAAUCUACCACGACAAAUGAUACUACUCUCACUUCUCCGGUAAUGUCAACAGGAUCAAACACAUUACCAUUAGUAACAUUUGCACAGCUUUGGAAUUUUAAUGAACAAUAUGAUAAUAAAGAGACAAGCUCGCUUUCUUCACAAUCAACAACGGCUACAAUAUGUCCAUUGUAA